UAGACUGAGUACAACCAGUUUGAGCAAUAAGAAUCUAAUUGCAGGAGAUUCGACAAUAUACGAAGCAACUUUCCAUCUUAUUCAUAGACAGUAAAUAAUCUUGCACAAUAAAAAUAUUGCACAAUGCUAUGGGCAAUCUAAGGUUAACUUUAAUUGUGGUUCCUCUGAACUGAGACAAUAGACUGAAAGUGUAGUGUUGCAUUUCUUCUCAAAUGAAGUCUUUGUAUUGAUUUGUCGUUCACAUCUUUCUGUCAACAUAUUUGAGUUUCUCAUGAUGAUGUUUUGAACUUCUGAAGGUGCGAUGCAGAAUGCGACAUUAUGUGGUGGUGUGUAUGAGUGAAUUUGUAUAAGAGAAAAAAAAGUAGAGAGAGAGAAUAGCCUUCCAGUGGCUCCUUCAUUGUGUCAGUUCACCUUACACUUGUUGCGCUAUACAUUGUGGAAGUGCCAUGUAAUGGGUAUUGAGAUAAGAAUAAACUAAUAAGUGUAUUGCAUCAAAUCAGGUUGUGCAUAUGUUAAAUGCACAGAUGAAUGCUUUCGUUUUUUCAGCGUUUAUUGUGCUUCAAGUGAAUGGGAAAAAUACGUUUUAAUUGAAGGAUGACUGAACCAGCAGGAGGCUCGGAUAAAAGUUUUGGCACUGAUGUUGCUGGAAAUGCAGUAUCAGGGAGAUCAGAAAAAUCUGCUACGUUGGCAAACCUGAAAGCAUUGUUCCAGCACCAGUUUGAUAAUGAGAUCAUUACUUGUGUAGCUGCAAGUUUUGGAUGGAAUGAAUGGAGAUCAACUAAAGCGCUGAAAAUGUUGGCUGGGAAUCAGUCAGAAGGAGUGGAAUUGGGAAUGGAUCCUUUACUACACAACAAAAGCGAGUCACCAGUAUCCAGCAGCCACAAUGAAGAAAUAAAGCCCAGCAGUAAAAAUGGAUUUGCAAGUAAUGGAAACACACAGGAGGCCCAGCAGCAUACGCCUGGAGAAACAAGUCCAAGAACUGCCACAGAAACAAACAUACAAACAGAGGAAUUUGUCUCUCCUGAAAUGAAAACUGAUAACGGGGAUAAAUCUGCAGUUAAAGGAUUUACUUGUGCAAGUUUAGAUGUGGAAAUGGCAACAAGAGCAUAUUCUACAAUAAGUAUGAAAACAAAUUCACCAGACAGCACUGAUACUUAUUCUCAAAUAAAGAUUGAAACAGAAGCGUGUGGAAGUGUAGGCAAUGAAAUUAAAUCAGGAACAGAUCCUAAAAUAAACAUAAAACAUGAAAAACCAAACUUCAUGAAUUGUUCUCCUCAGAUAAUGGUGGGAUGUGAACAUACACCUAAAGAUGAACAAGGGAAGUGUGCAUUUUGUAAGUUUGAACAGUUGCUCCCAGGAGAAGAAAGUAACAACAGCGAUCUAGAUAAUUAUAUGAUGUGUGAGCUUGAGGCUGACGUCCAAAACAGGAAUUUAUCCACUUCAUCCUGCCUCUCCGAGGAAAGUCUACAAAAGGAAAACUGCUUUUCCAAAAAUGUUUGUCAGCUUGAAUGUGGUAAUGGUGAGUGUGGGUACCAGGCAGCAAAUUGUGCAGAAUAUGUUAGAGAGGGAGAGACACCAUUAAAUAAAAGUACUGAAAGUGAGAAUUCAGUAAACAACUGCAGACAGCUUGAGGUUACUGAUGUGUUUAAAAACCGGGAAGAUUCUUACUGUGUCUCCAACAUUGGUGAAAUGUCUUCAGUUAGUGGAGGAGAAGUGCAUACAAAUGCCAAAGAGGUCACCAGUGCACCAUUUGAAGUUAGUCUAUUGAACAAGGGUGACUAUAAUGACCAGGCAUCAUGUUCUACCAGGAUGUCUUCAAGCCCACUGUCAGGCUCUGUACUGCUGUCCAGUGGUUAUGUUGAUAGAAUUGCUGUUGCUGUACCACCAGUAACUGUAGCGUGUGACACCAGAAUUACUUGUGGACAGGACAGUAUAUGUAAUGACAAUAAGGUUGUUAAUCAGGAUGGUUUAUUAGGUGAAUUUGUGACUUUACCUUUCACACAAAAAAAUACACACAGUAAGCAUACAUUUGACCUGGAAAAUAUUGAUAUCAUUCAAGGAAAGACCUCAGAUCAUAUUUGGUCACCAUUGUUAGCUGCUGAAACAAGUGAUGUUAGCGUUGAAGACAAGGAUGCUGAAGAUAAGGUGUCUGGUUGGCUUCGGGACACAGAACAAAGUUAUUGUACAGACACUGCAGCAGUAUGUCACACCGUACCAGUAGACGAAGAUCAUGGUGAAGCACUGUGUUCCAGAAAAGUGAUGGAUCGUGUGACUGACCAGAGUUCCAGUGAUGUGACAGAAUCUUCUAUUGCAUCAUUAAGCAGUAGCAACUCCUCUAAAGACGUGCGAGAACAUAAUGGUGUUAGGAAACACACUCGAUGUAGUAAAGUGGACAGACUGGCGAACAUCAUCAUUGAUGGCAAGAAAAUUAUGAUAUUAAUGCGUGGUCUCCCGGGUAGUGGUAAAUCAACUCUAGCUAGGCAUCUAGUACGCUCCACAAUGGGAGAGGAACCUCAUAGGUUCAUCCAUUCUACUGAUAAUUUUUUUACAGUGUGUGGUAAAGGUCGAUACAAAUUUAAUCCCAAAUUUUUGCAUGAGGCACACACGUGGAAUGUAAAGAGAGUUUUGGCAGAUGCUGUGAAAGGCAUCACUCCUAUUAUUGUGGAUAAUACCAACCUGGAGGCAUCUGAAAUGCGACCCUAUGCGACCAUUGCCGUUCGUCAUGGGUACCGCAUCGAAUUUCUUGAACCUAAUACAUACUGGCGCUACUUUGUUGCAGAAUGUGCAAGGAGAAAUACACACGGUGUCCCUAUCCAGCGAGUGGCAGAUAUGAUGCAUCGCUUUGACAGAUCUAUUACGGUAGCCGGUCUUCUUGGUAUGUACCAUUUGCAGCUGGAUGCCUCUGAACUAAUUCAGCCUCAUGUUGUCACUACAAGAAUGCCAAAGCACAGACGUAAAAAACGUAAAAGGAAUAGGUUGAAACGCAAAAUACGAAAAUCACUUUCAGAAGAAAAACUGAUGAUGGAUGGUGAUAACAUUCUAAAUCUGUCAAAAACCUCAGAUAUCGUAUCAUGUGGUACAUCAUAUGAUUCUAACUGUACAAUAUUUUCCAAUGUUGUUGGUGAGAAAACAAAUGUAUUUUCAAAGGCUGUAGGGGAAACUGAAAGCAGCCUAUUGCAAAAGGGUGAAUCCAUUGUACAUGAAAAUAAUCAAGACUCAGCUUCACCUGGAACAUAUACAGUAGAUGGACUUAGGUCUUUGAAACCUGUAGUUGCUCAUUUGGAAGGCACUGAGGAGAAUGUGGAUAAUCAGCAAGUAGAAAGAGCAGCUGCAGUGACUGAAGACUUGAGUAACCCUGGCCUAGACACAAGAAAAGUUGUUGAUGAUCUUUUAAAUGAAGAAAUCGGACGAGAAUGUAGUGCCUCACCAAAUGAAUAUGUACUUGUGAAAAACAGCGAAUUUAUAUUUCAAAAACCACACAAUAUUCAUAAAUGGCUGUCGGAACGACCACCCUGGGUAGAGAAUGAAAAAAAUUGUACUCUCAGUAACACACUUCCCAGUCAUGUAAAUGAAGAGAAUACUGACAAUGAAUUAUCAAAAACUCUGGAGAACGAUAACAUUCAACUGAAUUUUAAUUUUGAUAGACAAGUUAACAGACUAAUGGAAGCCAUGGAUCAUGAGGAAACUGCAGAGCUGCGAAGUUUGGAUGGUGGAAACUGUGGAAAAACUGAAUUUGAAAAAACAGAACAUGUUAUUGGAGAUGACUGUAAAAGGUGUUCAGUAGAUACUACAUUUCCUGCCCAUCAGAGUUCUGAUACAAGUAACGAAUUUGUGGUUACAGAAAAGUCUAAACAAAACUUCUCUGAAAGUGUGAGCAGACUAGAAAUUGAUGAUAAGAAUGAGGACUCAGCUAAGAAAUCAAGUAAUGGUAACUACAAAAUAUGGAAGUGUGGAGAAAAAUUGGCAAGUGCUGCUCAGCACACUGAGCCCACUGCAGUAAAUGAUCAAACAACAGCAAAUGCUGAGAAUAACUAUGUAUUGUGGGAUUUAGAACAUGGGAAUGUUUGGGGUGGUGAGGACCCGAAACCAAGUGUCAGCGUACCCAUCGAGGAAGACCUCUGUCUUCCGAAACCACCUCGUAUUAGUCGUAAGAAACUACCUGUGAAGGAUUUUCUUAAGGAAAGUCUACAUAACUUGUCACAAAAUGCUACACGUCCAGUACAAGAACUAGAUCAGUGGGACACUGUAGAAGAUCCUUUAUCUUCAUGGGAAAAUAGGAAGAAAAACAAUAAUAUGUCCACAGAUGUAAGGAGGAGAGAGGAUCAUUCAAAUGCAUCCUCAAAAGAUUCGCAAGGAAAAUUUGUACCUCAACCACAGAGGUCUUUAGGAUGCUUUUCUCGGUCACGCAAAUCUGCUUCCAGUGUAUCUCAGAGGCAGUCACCGUCUGAAAUUUCAGAUACUGCACAUAAAAUACGAGAUAUGCGACCUCCGAGAUCAUUAUCUGCUGCAGGUAAUUAUGCUGUAAAUGACAGGUCUAACUGGUCUAAAUAUUGUUCUUCUAUAGAACCCACAGCUUGGAAAUCAGAGCAGAAUUUAACACCUGAAACAUUAUUGCAUCAGUGUAAAGCUUUUCCAGGUACUUUUGAAGUAACAGAUGGAAAGACAUUGGUCAAAGAUUCAAUAUAUACAGAUUGUAUAACAAAUACACAUUACUCAGAUUUUUUACUGUUGCAGCAAGUUAACAGCAGUAAAGAGAUUCCCAGUGAUGUCAAAAUAAUAGUUGGAAGUUGUUAUGCACCCAUCACAGACAAAGGCAGUGCUGUAGUGCAGCCUGCAAUGUCUCCCCAUCUGCGCCAAAGUGGGAAGUCAGUAUUUGACAAAAGUUCCAUGACAGAACAUGAAGAAAAUUUUACAAAGUUCUCUGAAACUGAAUUUAAAGAACUACUUAGAGCUUUUCCUGCCGUCCCCAUACCUCACUUACAAGAGAUAUUUCAGAAAUGCAAUAGGGAUAUAAACUGGACUGUUGAUGUGCUAUUGGAGCUAGAUUAUAAGGGAGUAGAAGAGUCCCCUGGGAUACAGAUGGCCUUGGAGCCAUGUACUCUUAAGAUUUCAGAUAAAUCUGAAAACGACCUUCAAAUUGGUGUUUUGCCAUCAGUGGUGACAGAAAAAACUGAUCAACAGUCUUCAUACUCAAAUACAAGGCACACAUCUGAAGAAUGUUGGCAGCCAUCUGAAUUAAAAAGUUGGCAGUAUGAAAAAGAAACUGAUAAGACAAAUGCUACACCGACACGGCUCUCUCCCAGCAGAACCAUUCGAAAAGAUAAAAAUAUUUCACCCACAGCAAAAGAGCUGAAAGAGCAUAUUGAACAAAAUAUAGUGCUAAAUAAGAACUGCUAUUCAGAACACACACUGAGAAUUAGGAAAAUGAGGCACGGGGAAUUAUUAGACAUGGGUGAGGUAACUACUAGUUCGAAUAAAAACAAUGACACCAUCUUGCAGAUUGAGGAUUGUGAUGAGGUCUCAGCUUCUCAUGGAGUAAUUGGAUCCUCAGCCAAACAGAAUAUUCUGGAACCGACUGCUUCAGGUGCCAUGUUAUACCCAGAGAAUGCUGUUACUGAUGCAGUUGUUGAGCAUAAUAAUCAGAAUAGUGACAUUUCUUCUACAAACAGUGAUGAGGCAACAGGAAUUUCUGACAGUGAAGCUUUUGUUGACAUAAAACUUGGGGAGGAAUUUGUGUCACAACUUCAUGAGCUAUUUGGGAAGUCAUCUUAUACAACAGUAUGUGAAACUUCUGCAACAGUGAAGCUCCCUCUCUGCCUGGCACUUCAGAUCCACUACUAUCUUAUGAAGCAUGAAGAAGAACAGAUUAAACAACAGCAGGAUGUUAUGAUUAAAGAAGAUGAGGAACUUGCAAGGAAAAUACAAGAAAACUAUGGAAGGCGUUCUAAAGAUGAAAAGGUCCCAGAUCUUCGAGAAAUUAUGGAUAUGGAGAUGGCAUUGGCGUUGUAUAAAGCUGACCAGACAUUUUCUCAUCAUGAAACAAAGGAAACAUUGGCGAUAAAGUUAUCUAAAAAAAUUUUAUGUGAAAUGUUCCCAACAUUCCGUAAAGAGGCAAUUCUCGAUGUAUUCAGUUCUACGGGUAACUCUUUUGAUAACACACUGGCUGUACUUAUAGCUUCCACAAGUGAAGAAGAAGCAAAGGUUGCAAUGAGCCCAGAAGCUCUUUCUGAACAUCGUAGCCAAUUGAUAGAAGCUGCAGAAGAAACUGUGAAGAGAGGUGUUGAGACCACCAGUCCCUUAGAAGAUUUUGAUGACAUUACAGCUGAUGGAAGAGGCAGUAAUGUGUUGUAUAUUGUUGAAAGAUACAGAGAACAAGCUGCACAUCAUUACAGGAGGAGAAGUGAAUACCAUAUGAAAGCACAGGAAGCUUUCCAAAAAGGAAUGCCUUCAGUGGCUCAUUAUUAUUCACAGUUGGCCCGACUCCACAAAACUCACGCACAAGAAGCGAGUUGCCGUGCAGCGACAGCGAUUAGUGCAGCGGCACCAGAUUCUUCCAACUUAGACUUACACGGGUUGUAUGUACGAGAGGCAGUCUGCCUCUUGGACAGUUUCCUGGAUGCUCACAUUAUGCGACUCAAAGCAAGUGGGCAGUCACGGCGUGUCCUCCAUGUGGUGACUGGUCGUGGUAACAACUCUCGUGGGGGUCAGCCUCGUUUACGCCCUGCCAUUCUGCAGCGUCUCACACAGCGGAGUAUUAAGUAUGAGGAGGUAAAUGAGGGUCUCUUCAGGCUUGUUUUAAGUCGUAACAAUGAUAAGCUGAUUUGAGUGACCAAUAAGCCAUGCAGACAUGCUCUCCCAUGUCAACAGAAUAGACUGAAAAUUUAUAGUUAUUGAUUAAGUGGAGAGCGAGUAAAAAGAAAUAUUAGGUGAUGUGUUUUAUUUUAAUGUAUUAGCGUUCUAUGAAUUUCAAGUUUUAGUUGUUUGUAAAAAGGGACAUUUUAACACAUGUGUUAUGUAUAAUACUACUAAAACUGUUCUUGGUCUCAGUAUAUCCCAAUAUUUGGAAUGGAAUAACUAUUUAGCAAGAAUAAAUUAAAUUUACUUUGUGAUGCAAAAAGAGACAGCCAGAGUUGCAACUAAAGUUGAUGUUCAUUUAGUCAGUGACUGAUUUCAGACUACACCCAACCAAUGUUUGCCAAGUAAAAUGUCAGCCCAAAAUACCCAUAAACAAAUGGAUACCUAUGUGUAUGGCCCGCAAGUAAUGUUCUUUAAAGGCAUUAGUUGGGACCAUAUGUAUAUGUACCCACUUAGUUUACUGCAAUUCUGGAUGGGCAUUUCACAUGGCAAAACUUGGUGGUUGAGAAUGGGCAUAGCCUGAAACUGGUCACUGGCUAAAUAAACAUCCAUUUUAGUUGCAAAUAUGGCUCUCUCAUUUUACACUACAAUGUAAAAAUGAGUUGCUGUCCCACCAUACCCAUCAUGCAGAAGUUAGCAUGUAAAUUUACUUUAUUCAAGGAGAAAAGUUAGUUCUCCAAUUGCUCAAACUGUGUUACCAGUUUGCCAGAGAAGUCAUUCUUCUGCCCCUUUUAUAAACUUCUGACUGAACCAGACUUAAACUCAGUUAUGUACUUCAUUAUACAAUUUUUACAAUUCUAUUUUUACAUGCUAUUAAAAACAUUUGAAAGCCAAAGUGUGGGAAAUGGUAUUAUGAAGAGCUGGUGUUUGAUGAUUUCCUAGCCUAAUCUGUGAAGUCUUUAUCUCUCUUUGGUUUUGAAAUGUCUGUGUGGACAUUAUCUAUGUAAGUGGUAAUGUCACUUGACUGCAUUUCAGUCUCUCUCUUUAAUUCUGCGUGUUCCUUGUCAUGGUCACAAUUUUUUAAAUCUUAGUGGAGGUGCUAUUGUUCGAUUAGUAGACUGAAGACUUGUCUGAAAAAGGGUAAAUUUAGUUUCUGUCACUACAGUAAUAAGUUGGUAUUAAAUCAAAAUGGAGUAAUACCUCAGUUGAUUGUUAAUUUGUAAACUUAAUACUUCCAUAAAUAACUCGGAGCUGUGAGUAAUGAGAAGAUUAUGCAGAAAAUAAAGGGCUGGAGGGGUGAAUCUAAUGUCAAAUUAUAUUUACCAUCUAAGUCCCCUCUGGUGGUUAUGGCAUUACUAUUAGUUAUUCAUCUGCCAUGCUUAGAAUUUCCAUCCACUCCUGUCUUCAUCAUAUCAGUACAAGAAAAUGUGGAUGCUCUGUUAUACUAUUAUUUUUCAGUGAUAAUUUAUUACAUAAAGUAUCUGGUCACAUUCCUGAGGACUAAUUUACUCCACAGUUUUCUUCAUUAUGAUCUACUUCUCUCAAUUAGAAUAAUCUACAGCUUUUAAUUACCAUAAAGGUAAUGGGCGUGAUGAUGUGUUGCAUGUUGGGUAUUUGCAGUAUUCCCAGUUCUUACAAACUUCGCAUAUGUUGAUCAUUCACUAUUUAAAUAACACCAAAUGCUCUUUGGGAAGCAGAAAUGGAAAUUUUCAUGCAUGGGGUAGGUAGAAAGUCAUUAUUAGCUAUUAAAUCUAAAAGAAAGGCAAACUGUCCACAAAUUUCUAGGCAGAACUCGAGGUAGUUAACGGUAUAACAUCAAACAUCCAACAUUCAAAAAAUCCUCCGCAACUCUAUUUGUUAAAUCAUAAGUAGUAAUCAUUUUGUAUGUGAACACUCUUUUGUGUAGCACAUUCUUCAUAUCUGUUCUGUGGAAACUUUUUGAUUUACAUCUCUUGAUUUCUUGACAGAUUCUGAUGUUAUUGUUCUAAACAUCUUGAAACUCUAACAGUUCAAAGCCAUCUUAGUGAAAGCAUUCAGAACAGAACUAUAAAUAUUGUUUUCUGUUAGUAGGGCACAAGUUGUCAUACUACCCUCCAUACUCUUUUAAAAAUUUUGAAUUUUUUAUUAUAGCAAUCAAAAGGUGAAUAUAUUUUCAAAUACUUACAGGUCCUUAAAUUAUAUUAUUGUAUCUCUACCCAUACACAUAACAAGAUGACACUAAUUUCGUAACUGCCUCUACUCUUCUCUUGAUGUCUUUCUCAGAGGUGGCAAGUGGAAUGUAGGUAUGCAUUAUUUGUAUGAUUUGUCUUUCAUGACAUGUUACAUGUGUAUAAAAGCAUACUAAACUUUAUGAUUUUUUAACAUAUUGUCCACAGUGUUUCACUGAGGUGGUACCCACCUUGUACACAACAGUAUUUCUGUGAAAUUUCUAUAUAAUUUGCCAGCAGACAGAAACUUAAGGCUAAUUGCUUUUAAUUAAAUAAAACAUCUGCUUUUAGCAUUGGUACACAUUGUUGCGCUAAUGACAAAUAGUCGUGUGGAAAGUCUAAAUGUGUUCAUGUUUCUCGUAUGCACAAAAUCAGGUAUUGUUAUGUGCAUUAUUUCAGAAUUUAAAGUUAAUGAUGUGAAUGUAUAUAAUCGUAUAUUUCAUGAUAAAUUGGGUAAACUGUACUGUCUAAAUAUUUUUAAUUGGUUCUUACUUUGCAGUCAAAGUUUAAUUGAUAAAUCACUUGUAUCUGCAAGUGGUUACAAAAUUACGCAGUAUUAUUUGCACAUUGCAACAAUGCAUUUAUAUUUAUUGUUUAGAAACAAAAUGGUUAACACAGCCCGAGAGACCUAGUUGCCAAGGGUGCUUCUGUAUUUAUAGUAUUUAAUUGAUGUGAAAGGUGUUUCAUCUUCAGCAACUGCAGUCAGUUAUGAAAUAGUAGGCAAAUUCUUCAAAAAAAUUGUAAAAUAAAGCAACAUUGAAAUAUUAGUGUAUGGUAUUUAUAUUAUAUAAAUAAGAUAUGGAAGUAAUGUUACCAUUUUGGUGCUAGUGAAAUUAUGAAUUAGUUACUUUAAUAGCUUAAUAUGAAGAGAGGGGCAUUCAGUGUACAUGUACAUGUUCAUUUAUUACAGUGUUUUUUUUUUAUAUCCUUAAUAUGUUAGGGUAAUAUUAGCAGCAUAUUAUGAAUCUAUUGUGUGUGAUUGUUAUUCUGCAUUAACAGAUACUAGAGUGGGUCAUAUAUAUAAAGCUUUGAAGUGAAAAUUGUUAUACAGUGAUGCCUGGGAGAUACUUCAUUUUAGACCAACUGGCAGGUGCAAAUCAUAAGUUGUCAUAUAUGACUGUUUUAUAUGUUUAUCAAAUAAAAUAUGAUUUUUUAUUUCA